AUGAUUAUACUAUCAAUUAUUUUAGCAAUUGCUUAAUCUUAAUAAAUCAAACCAUCUGACUUUGCAUUGUCUUUGAUAUAAGGUAUCAGCAUAAUACCCAUUUAUAGUAUAGUCAUCAAUAAAUUAUGAUAUGAGAAUAAAUGAAGAUGCAAUUCUAUACACAUAUCCUAGAGGAUCAAUUUAUAAAAGCAAUAUAUCAACCAAUAAUUAGACAUUAUUAUGCAGUAUUUAACAUGACACGAUUGCAUUAACAAAUAAUAUUACUAAAUAGAUUAUUGAUAUAUCAAAAGAUAAAAUUGAUUAACAAAAUGAUCAAAUCAUAUAUGCAUUUCACUUAAAUAAAAAAUUAGGUUUAAUAACAGAAUUUAAUAACUAUAUUUUAUUUGACUUAGAUAAAAUAGAAAUUAUAAAUAAACAGCAAUUAUCUGAUUUUAUUAAAACAAAAGAAGUAUUUUAAAAAGGUAUUUUCAGUGCUGAAUUAAAUAUGGCAUUUCUAUUUUAUUAAACUACUUUGAUCAUUUAAGAUGAUAAAGGCAUGUUGAUGCCAUAAGUUAUUCCAGAGAUGAAAAUUACAAAAAUUUUAUGUAGUUUGGGAUAUAUAUUUAUUGCUACAUAAUAAGGAUUGUUAAUAUUUUGGGUUGAUGUAGGAAAUCAAAUAAUUAUAUUAAAAAAUCAUAUUGAAUAAAAUCAAACUAUUAUUGAUAUUAUUUUAAGUAAAUAAAAUGAAUACAUAUUUUUAUUAAAAGAUGAUGGAAUACAUAUAUAUAGAAUGUUAUUUGAUAAUCAAAAAUAAAUUUAAAUCAAAUAAUAUUCUAUUUUAUCAUUCAUACCUAUUGAAUCUUCAUUUAAUUUUAAUUAAAAUAAUGAUUAAAGUUUUGUUAUUCUUAAAAAAUCAUAAAAAUAAAUAAUUUUGAUAGAUUUAGAGAUUAAUUUAGUAUAAGGUAUAUGGUUUAUAGUAAACUCCCAUAUCCUUAAAAAUUCAGCCUAGAAUUUAGAGAUUAAUAAUAAUUUUGUUAUUGUUAAAGGAUUAGAAACUCAUAGUAUAAUUAAGCAUUCAUAACCUAGUAUUUUUACUGUAUUUAAUAUUCAUAAUAAAUAGAAUAUUUUUAAUAAUUAUCCAUUUACCUUAGCACAUACAAUAUAUCUAAAUUUUUAUGAAUCUAAUAUAUAAAAUUCAUAUGAUAAUAUAUUUGGUGUAGAUACAGAUUCAAUAACUUUAUUUUAAAUAGAUUAGAUUUAAGGUAAUAUAGUAUGCUAAACAAAUGACACAAAUUUAAUUGGAUAGGUAUUUAUUUAUUAUUUAAAUUAGAGUUUUUAUUAUUAAAUAUUUACUAAUUUAAGUGAUUGUGAAAAAAAGUAAUAAUUUAAUUAAGAAAUUCUAAGUAAGGAUUUAAUUGUAUGUUAAUUUAAUACUGAAAUUGGAAUUAAUGUUAUUUAAGAGAAUGCCAAUCAUUUUAAUAGAUAACUUUUGAUAAUAAUAAGUAUUUGUUUGGGAAUAGCUUUAUUCUUUAGUAUUUUAGCUUUGAUUUGUUAUGGCAAUAAAACAAGAAAGUAGAUUAAUUCAUAUUAAGAAUAAAUUAAAAAAUAUUAAUAAUUUUAAGGUGAUCAAAAUGACAGUAUUCGUACAAAAUAACCUACACCAAAAAUAGAUAACAAAUUUAAGAUAGAUGAAUUUGAAUAAUGA